AUGACAGAGAAUGAUACUACUCCGAUCUUGAAAGCAUCUGACUUGGCGGAAGAUAUUCAAUUGAAAAUAUUUGAAUUUGCAGAGCAUGCUUUAAAGCAGUACAAGAUAGAAAAAGACGUUGCUGCCUAUUUGAAAAAGGAGCUCGAUCAAACAUUUGGCCCCACAUGGCACGUGGUUGUAGGCAAAAGCUUUGGAAGUUAUGUGACACAUGAACAAGGAUACUUUACGUAUUUCUACAUUGGAGAAAUGGCUUUCUUGAUAUUUAAAAGCGGGUGA